UCCCUUCGCAACUUCUUGUAGCUAUCGACAAUCUCCCCGCAAUGAAACGCGACGGCGGCGAGAGCUUCUCACCGGAAGUCAAUAGCCGCAGCACUGCCGCCGCCGGUGAUGGUUCGAGCAUCGAACAGUCUGCAAAGCGGCCCCGCGGCCGCCCAGUAGGAUCGAAGAACAAGCUCAAACCACCUGUGAUCAUCACAUGCGACUCCGAACCCGGAUCCGCCCUCCGCACCCACGUGCUCGAAAUCCCCGGCGGCCGCGACGUGGCCGAAUGCCUAGCCGCCUUCGCUAGCGGCCGCGGCAUCUGCCUCUGUGUCCUUGCCGGCUCCGGUCCCAUCUCCACAGCCACAAUACGGCAGACCUCGCCUUCCUCCGCCGCCCUGACCUUCCGCGGCCGAUUUGACCUAAUCUCCCUCUCCGCAACUUUUCUAAUGGCCGGCGGCGGAGGGGGGAACAUGUCGGUGUCGCUCGCCGGGCCGCAGGGCCAGGUUAUCGGAGGCGUGGUGGUGGGGCCGCUGGUGGCGGCUGGUAAGGUCAUGGUGGUGGCGGCUGUUUUUUCCGAUCCGGUUUUUCACCGGCUUCCGGAGCUGGAAGCGGAGGCUUCGGGAUCUGUGUCGGGAGAGGAGGAAUCGGAGAGGAGCAGGGCGGCGGAGAAGAAGGAAGAGGAGGGUCGAAGCGGGUAUGCCGUUCGUGGGCUUCAAACAUCGGCGAAAGAUGACGACGGCGCGGCGAGGUUUGGCGGCGGGCAGUUUGGGGAUGACGGCGUUUGGGCUCCGGCAACCCGCCCGCCGGCUUAUUAGCUUAAUUUCUAUUUGAAAUAUGCUUUUUUAUUUCUUCCUUCAUGUUUUUGGAGGUUUUUAUGCAUUGGAAAUAUCAAAGGGAGGUCUUUGAAUCUUUGAUUUCGGUGAGAGUUGAUGAGUGAAAUGUAAUGAUGCCAUAAUUUUAUUUUUUAUGAAGUGAUCUAACUAUUUUCAUUUUAA